AUGCCGUCGCAGUCCACGAAGCGCUCGCUGCUGGCGUUCCUCCUGGCCGCCAUCGUAACUAUCGCGUGCUUGUUGGUGCUUGCGAAUCAGGUGCCAAGCGUCGCAGCUUCUCAGUACAGUCGCCAGGACGCCGGACACUCCGGACGCGCAGACGUCGUCGACAAAGAUGCAGACGACGACGACGACAACGACGGCGAAGAGGUGUGGGAUUUCAUGGACGACGACGCCGUUUUUGGACGUGAAGAGCUACCGAGGCACACUGACGAAGCCGAUGCGUUGGCCAACGCCGACCUGUGUGUCGACUCCCUCCCGGAUGAUCGUGUGGACGAUGAUUACUGCGACUGCAGCGACGGUAGCGACGAGCCGAACACGUCGGCGUGUUCGCACGUUCUACUGAGCACAAGAAGGAGACCAUUCGGUCGGCAGCUGCAGUGCAGAGCUGGGGAUAAACUGGUUCCAACGACCUGCGUAGGCGACGGAGUGUGCGACUGCUGUGAUGGCAGCGACGAAGGUGAGGGAGUGUGUGAUGACACGUGCGAGACGGAAUGGCAGUCGAGACUAGACACGCUACAAGAGAUAUUGGGAGCGGUGCAAACGGGAAAGACGUACCGGGAAUGGUAUUUGCUGGAUGCCAUGGACAAAGUUGAGCAGCUCAGGGACGACCAUAGACGUCUCAUUGAAGCCUACCAGGCUGGCCAGCGUGCUUUUCAAGAUACAAAGCGUCAGGCGCAAUACGAUCCGGGGAUGCGACCACAGCUAGAGCGUUCGUACGACGUGCUGCGUAGGGUGCAGUACAUCGCAUACGUCCAGGGCCGUGUCGCUGAUCCCGAGACAUUCUCGACCGCAGACUGGAAGCGUGCGUUUGUAAAGCUUGUGGGGCAGUGUUUCUCGUACGAGGUGGACGAGAAGGCACUGAAAGGCGGCACUCCUAACGUUGUUCCUCGCACGUAUGAAGUGGUGUUGUGCCCAUUCCAAAACGUGUCGCAGGCUGAGCCAUCGUAUGUGCAAUGGGCGAAGGAAGAGCGCCGAACGAAGGGCGUAGCUCCUGUGGCGAAUGGAAAUGAAAUGGACGAAGAAGUACCACGACCGAUCGAAUUGGGCAUAUGGAACGAGUGGCAAGAUACAGUUCGUUUCACGCGCGUACAGAGUUAUAACUACGGCGAGCCUUGCAAUAACAGGCAGAAGCGUCAGGUGCGUGUUGAGCUAUCGUGUGGUGCAACGAAUCGUGUGGUGUCUGUGGAGGAGCGUGAAAUGUGCGAAUACGAGAUUCGCUUCGAGACCCCAGCCGCUUGUGAGUUGGUCGAAGAGAAAGCCUUGCUGACAGAGAUUGGUCUGGUUGAACGGUUUUUGAAAGACCGACGACGUCUUGGUGAAGCUGUCGCAAAGGCAGAUCGUCGACCUGCGAAUCAUGAGGAGCUAUAG